GGAGAGAUCCGACUCGAUGUAACGCUUUUGGCGGUGAAGAUAGAAACGUCAAAAUCCAGCGUCCUUCAUGUGUUUUGUUUACUCGUCGGCUUACCCAAAAAGGCUCCAAAAACACAAAUAUCCGCGUAGGAGUUCAAUUAUCAGCCGCUGACGAUGGAGGAGCUCGAGGUUGAAGAAGUGUGUUACGAUCACGGUUACGCUGUGAGAGAAGACGACUCGAGAUGGAAUAAUUUGUUUGGAAUGUUGUCGGGAAUAAGCAACCGGAUAGGGGCAAUCAGCUCCGAAAUCAAUUCAAUCGACAACAGGUUAAAAAAGUGCGAAGAGAUACAAAUAGAAACUGCUGCCAGUAUUGGGAGCGAGGUGGAAACGCUGAAAUCACAGAUGGCUACGCUAAAGUGUGUGAUUGAGACCGCCGAAGUAGAUGCUCUUGUACCGCCGAUAACCGAAUUAAUCAAGCCGGCCAAGUGCAAGGAAGAUUUGGAUGAACUCGAAGAAAAAGCGUUGGACGAACAGUAUAAAAAUGAGCUGGUACAAGCCAUUGCACGAAUUCACGGAUGUAAUCGAAUAGGAGAGGGAGGUACCGUUUGCUACCAAAUCAUUGAUUUCUUUUUCGAUAGAAAGUUUAUGCUAGAGUGUUCCUGGUCCGGAGAGUCGAUAAAAUCGGGAGUGCAUAAUCAUGACGCUAAAAUUGCCUUAUCUAAAUACUGUAACAUUAUAGGACUUUUUCAUGCGUGUGUUAAUGUUGCGGAUAGUACAUACACACAAAAUGAGUGCGUUCAGAUCAUCCGUAUGUGCUUGAAAAAUUCCAAAAGACGGUUGAAAGCAAAUCGGAGACGAAAAUCUGCAGCGCAAGUACGGAAGAAGAGAUCCACUAGCGACGAUUUGGCCGUGCGGAUGGUUGCAGAAAAACAACUACGACGGCUUCAGUCGGCUGUGGGGAAGAAGAUAGGUUGAUCCGGAAUUUUGCGUUUGCAUCUUCGUAUAAGACGAUGUGAAUAUAAUAUUGUCGGUAAGAACUUGGAAGAAAGUUAGCAUGAUACAUAUUAAUUUCACUGAUUACUUGUUCGACGCGAUCCGAGCUAUUUGUGCCUGAGCUUAUAACUGCAUGCGAUGGGACACCUUAGUAGGAAGAAGAUAUAUUGUUUUAUUCUUUCCGAGUGAAUAUAGUUAUUGUUCGUUUAUCACAGUUUGAAUUUAAAGGCAUUUCCGAAUUUCGGAGAGCUCCGCGAUGUGUCGGCUUCCCCAUAACAAUUUCUCUACUUUUACUAUUUUACAAAAUAAUACUGGAAUUUUACAAAAUAACUGGAGCACUUGAAUAUUUUAGAACAACAUAUUUUUAUUUUAGUACAUUUUUCAAUAGCACGCUGUUCAUGCUAUGAACUUAUCAAGCAACUCAUGCAGC